AUGAAUAACUCCAGCAGCGACAACAAUAACAAUAACAAUGGCGGCGGCGGCAACAACAACGCCGAUUUUGUCGUGGCCGCCGUGGCUUUGGUGGUGUCUGUCGUGGCACUGCUGGCUACGUUCAUGCAAGUGCUGCAGCAGUACUAUGCGUCCGCUCAGGGCUAUUCCCUCUGCAAUGAAAAGGUCAUGGGCGGCUGGGCCAAAACUAAGACGAGACGAUUUCGGCUAGAUGAACUGCGAUUUGAGGUCCAGUUCGAUGUGCCUGUCAUAUUCGUGUCGCCGCCAACAAAUAAGCAUGGACCCGUCGUAGGGGCUGACAUCUACUAUCUGGAUGGCAGCGAGAAGUCCCAGAAAGAUACAAACACGACUUCAAAAUUGGAUCUACGCAAAGCAUACCAUGAUAGAUCCAGAAAAGAACAGAUUCACACCUCUGACAAUGAAAUCGCCGCAUGGUAUGUUCUGCUCUUCGCUGCUCAGCGCAUGGAGGCCGAGUCGCGAGAGUGGCAAGAGGACGAAUUCAAGGAUUUUGGGCCUCCAAGCGAUCUUUUCCCGCCCAAACCACCAGCACUGGCAAGUCACCACACUCUAACAGUUGCUGUCCAGCGCAAACGCAAGAGCUGGGAUACUAUGCCCAUCUCCGUCAACAAGCCAUAUGCCACCACUACCAUGUGCCACUUGAUAGAGAUGAUGGCGGCCAUCGGGGUAUACUGGAAGGAAUUUGAUCGCAAGCGUGAUCGUUACUGGGGCGAAGGAAACGGUUUCUUGAUCCUGGGCGAAAGGCUUAGUGACCCCGGGCUCAUGUUCUCGUUCCAAGUCAAUGGCCAAUGCACCUUUAAGCGAAACCGCGUCGUCCCCGUUGACGAGAUCAAGGAACUGUGCUUCGGCUAUGUUCCCACCGUCUAUCGUGAAAAGGAUGAUCAGCGGCGUUUGAAACCUCCAAGCGAUGAGCAGCAAAAUCUUACCACCCUCUUGAUGGGCAACUCGCGAGAAAUUUCAGAGACUUUGACUGCUAUCGGCUGUAACAACAAUACAACUAGAGUCUUUUUAGAGGAAGGGAGAAGAACAUCUCACCUCUUUCCUAUAUCCUUUGAGAUUCUCGGCAUGCUAAGUCGGAUAUUCCAUAUCGAGGGUAGCAACUUUACUUUCCUCCCCAAUCCAACACCACACAGCUGGGACAAGAGAUCAGUUUCCUUGCCCAGGAUGCUAGCGGCUUUCUUUUCAAAGACACAGCCUGGAGGAGGAGAACAUAAUUCUCUAGUCAUCACGCGGUAUAGGAGGCAUAUUACUGAAAUAUUAAACUAUCAGGCCGAGGAAAAGGAGGAAAAGGCUCUUGAUAGAUGGCUCCUCUUGAAAUCACUGCACGCCGCUGUGGAUGACACUGAUGAAGUUCUCACGGCGAGAACCAAAUUGCAGAGGCAUAACGGUCACGGUGCCGAAGGCGAUUCGGAGAAGUCUCACGAUCAACAUGAAUUGCACGAUCAACCUUCAGACGCAGAGAGGCACGAUAGCCGGCGGGAGCUCGUUCAAGACGUCUUGAGACAUCAUAUCCAAGAGGUGCUCCGACUGCUCAAUCAACAAGAAGAUCUGAAUUCGGAUGGUCAGUCUUAUCGUACGAGCGCGCGAGGACUUUCGCCGAGGCCUCGGUUAAAGGUGCCAACUCGUCCUUUUGAGGAAAUGGACGAGGCUGGGCCUGAAGAUCGACAAAAAAUCCUCAUGGACGUGUAUUUUGACAAUAUUCGUCCUGUAGUGAAGCUAAAUGCUUUAAACUCGGCUACAAACCGAAGAAGCAGCAUUGUCAAGUCGCCCCUCUCCAUCAACUCACGCCCUCAGAGCCUCGCGCGUGAGUCAAUCUUCAAGAGCAGAGAGCGUUCGCCUUCAACGCGAGGGAACCAUGUAGAGUUUGCCGAGGGAAAACCAAAGAUUUCUGUGACGGUUGAAGAAGCCCCAGAAGUCACCUACGAAGGCUCACUGGCGGAUUUAGAAGUUUCGCAUGACGACAUUUGGUGCACGCUCGUUUUCCGCAUGAUCUGCUGGCUGAUGCUGCACAAUUUCAACAAGAAAGACGUCCAGCUGCCCAAGAGCGAGCUCCUGGGAAGUCGAAUGCCUGUUUACAUCUCAUAA